CAGGAACAAAACUAUCCUUCCGUCUUUCCGAAGUCAGCUUAACCAGAAUGGACGCGCGAACCUCCACAUUUCGGAUGGGACGGUUCAAGCUAUUCUAACCAGCCUCUGCGUCGACGGUCGGGUUCGUGCAAAGACACUUAGUUACAGUACCUCAGUAUGCUGGAACCGGAGGCCGCCAUCAAGGCCAAAACAGCUGGGGCGGACUCCGCGAACAAUAAGAAGCUCAAGGUAACCUCUCCUCUCAGCAUUUUGUGUACAGUGCGAUGAGCCAUUCUACGAAGCCAGUCAUCAGGCUGGGGAAUGCAGACACCACUCGGCGAGAUUGCACCUGACUAUGACGGUGGCUUAUGGUUUGAUUAUGGUGAACGCUGUCAUGGAACAAUCGACACGGAUGAGAUGCGAGAAGAUUUCCCAGAAGGGUUCGUGUGGACAUGCUGUGAUCAGCCUGGUUCAGAGCCCGGUUGCAAGGUGGGUGGCCACCAGUCAAACCCCGAUUAGUCCAAGAAGGGGGUGGACGAGUCCGAGGUCGGAAGGUGUUGGAAGUUCGGAGAAUGACGAGGACGGUGAGAAUGACGAGGACGGUGAGAAUGACGAGGACGGUGAGAAUGACGAGGACGGUGAGAAUGACGAGGAUGGUGAGGAUGAGGAAGAUGAGCAUGAUAAGAAGGAUGGAAAUCAAGCACUUGAAUGGAACAGGUUGGAUAAGGUACCCUUGAUUCUGGUUCUUUGAUGGCAUAGUUAUAAAGCAACAGUUGGGUCAGAGUCCAGGGACGAAUCAGCAGACAAAGAGAUCGGCUUUUCACUUUUAUCUUGUUUAUGUCUUGG